UAAAGAAGAGAUUUAUUUUAUUAUUUAACUUUUAAAGUCUCUAAUAUGCCUUCUAAGAAGGGUUCUGGCUCAGAAAAUUGCAGAAGAAAAUCGAGUAGAGAACUAGAAUUACAGAAACCUAAGAAAUACUUUUACUGAGCUUUCUUUACACAAGAAAAUGCACGGAAAUGAAUUAUACAUGGAUACCAAUUUGUGAUUUUUAAAAAUUUGUAAUUUUUUAAAUUAAGAUAAAAAUUAGUUUUUUUUUUUUAAUACUUUUUUGUUUUGUUUUACCUCACCCUUUACUAAGCUGUUAGCUUGGUCUGUUGCGCUUACUGCUACAUCCUCAGCAUCUAGUACAGUUCCUGACACAUAUAUGCACUUAAUAAGUAUUUGUCAAAUGAAUAUUGUUGAGUAAAUAAGAUGAAGGUCAAUUCAGAAAUUCAGCACUAUCAGGCUAUAUACAUAAUACAGACUCUUAUAAAAAACUAGAAUGAAGCAGUUCCUUUUAACGACGGAGAAAUGUCAGUAACAUACUUUGAGCACAAUAUAGCUAAUUUCACAACUGGUCUUUAAAUAUAACAUACCUAUAAUCAAUUUAAUGUUUUUCUUUGUUACCAGAGUUGUUCAAAACGUGCGUUUUACCUAUCAAAGCUCAACUAAAUGAGGUUUAAGAAAUCUGCACAUUCGAAUGUACUUAAUUUUAAAAGAUUCUGGUUUUGGAUUAACUCUGGAUUUCACCCUAUGGGAAAUUUUGCAAAUAUUUCCAACUUAAAAAAAAACUGUGAAGCCCCAGCGCUAAGAGUAAACGAUGCAUUGGAAUUUCAACAGGAUUUCUGUAACUCUGAAAUAAUCUUUAGCAUUUCUUCUUCCCCCCAUCCCCUCAGUGUAGGAGCAUUCCAGUCCAAGUUUCUGGGAGAUCGCUAUCGAAUCUUAUGACACUGGGGUGAGAAGUUUUGCCGGGUUGAAAUGAGGGGGUCACUUUAAUAGUCUGGAAUUCCGGAGACUUUAUGUCAAGUCUUAAAAAUUCGAGCCUGUGGAAGGCUGCGCUGUCAAGAGACCGGAGCUGCGAGCGUCUGGGUGACGUCCGUCCUCCUGGAAGGUGGGAUCCGGGUGGCAGGUCCCUGGGCGGCGACUCCGGCCGGGCUCAUAGCGUCGCGCCCGCCCCGCUCAUCGGCCCUACCCAGCGUCCCUCCCAGACCGACGACCGCCUGGGAAGCCUCGAGCUCCCAGCCCGCUGCACAGCCCGGCUCCGCUCCACAGUCCCCCACUGCCACCGGCCGGGGCGAAACCGGGCGAGCUGGCGAGACCCGGCUCCAGGACCGAAUCGCGCCGACACUUGACGGCGCUCCCCGCCCCUCCCUGCCGCCGUCUCCGCCCCCGUCCGGUCGGAUUCCGGCGCCCGCCGCCGCCGCCGCCGCCGCCGAUCUCGGAGGCUUGUCCCUCGCCGCCCACCGUAGCCCCGGCGCUCGGCCGGUCACCGUUUCCAAGAUGGCCGCGGCGCGCACGGCUCCUGCGGCGGGGUAGAGGCGGAGGCGGAGUCGAGUCACUCCCGCACUUCGGGGCUCCGGUGCCCCGCGCCAGGCUGCAGCUUACUGCCCGCCGCGGCCAUGCGGGGCUCCGUGCACGGAUGAGAGAAGCCGCUGCCGCGCUGGUCCCUCCUCCCGCCUUUGCCGUCACGCCUGCCGCCGCCAUGGAGGAGCCGCCGCCACCGCCGCCGCCGCCACCACCGCCGCCGGAACCCGAGACCGAGUCAGAACCCGAGUGCUGCUUGGCGGCGAGGCAAGAGGGCACAUUGGGAGAUUCAGCUUGCAAGAGUCCUGAAUCUGAUCUAGAAGACUUCUCCGAUGAAACAAAUACAGAGAAUCUUUAUGGUACCUCUCCCCCCAGCACACCUCGACAGAUGAAACGCAUGUCAACCAAACAUCAGAGGAAUAAUGUGGGGAGGCCAGCCAGUCGGUCUAAUUUGAAAGAAAAAAUGAAUGCACCAAAUCAGCCUCCACAUAAAGACACUGGAAAAACAGUGGAGAAUGUGGAAGAAUACAGCUAUAAGCAGGAGAAAAAGAUCCGAGCAGCUCUUAGAACAACAGAGCGUGAUCAUAAAAAAAAUGUACAGUGCUCAUUCAUGUUAGACUCAGUGGGUGGAUCUUUGCCAAAAAAAUCAAUUCCAGAUGUGGAUCUCAAUAAGCCUUACCUCAGCCUUGGCUGUAGCAAUGCUAAGCUUCCAGUAUCUGUGCCCAUGCCUAUAGCCAGACCUGCACGCCAGACUUCUAGGACUGACUGUCCAGCAGAUCGUUUAAAGUUUUUUGAAACAUUACGACUUUUGCUAAAGCUUACCUCAGUCUCAAAGAAAAAAGACAGGGAGCAAAGAGGACAAGAAAAUACGUCUGGUUUCUGGCUUAACCGAUCUAACGAACUGAUCUGGUUAGAGCUACAAGCCUGGCAUGCGGGACGGACAAUUAACGACCAGGACUUCUUUUUAUAUACAGCCCGUCAAGCCAUCCCAGAUAUUAUUAAUGAAAUCCUUACUUUCAAAGUCGACUAUGGGAGCUUCGCCUUUGUUAGAGAUGGAGCUGGUUUUAAUGGUACUUCAGUAGAAGGGCAGUGCAAAGCCACUCCUGGAACAAAGAUUGUAGGUUACUCAACACAUCAUGAGCAUCUCCAACGCCAGAGGGUCUCAUUUGAGCAGGUAAAACGGAUAAUGGAGCUGCUAGAGUACAUAGAAGCACUUUAUCCAUCAUUGCAGGCUCUUCAGAAGGACUAUGAAAAAUAUGCUGCAAAAGACUUCCAGGACAGGGUGCAGGCACUCUGUUUGUGGUUAAACAUCACAAAAGACUUAAAUCAGAAAUUAAGGAUUAUGGGCACUGUUUUGGGCAUCAAGAAUUUAUCAGACAUUGGCUGGCCAGUGUUUGAAAUCCCUUCCCCUCGACCAUCCAAAGGUAAUGAGCCGGAGUAUGAGGGUGAUGACACAGAAGGAGAAUUAAAGGAGUUGGAAAGUAGUACGGAUGAGAGUGAAGAAGAACAAAUCUCUGAUCCUAGGGUACCGGAAAUCAGACAGCCCAUAGAUAACAGCUUCGACAUCCAGUCGCGGGACUGCAUAUCCAAGAAGCUUGAGAGGCUUGAAUCUGAGGAUGAUUCUCUUGGCUGGGGAGCACCAGACUGGAGCACAGAAGCAGGCUUUAGUAGACAUUGUCUGACUUCUAUUUAUAGACCAUUUGUAGACAAAGCACUGAAGCAGAUGGGGUUAAGAAAGUUAAUUUUAAGACUUCACAAGCUAAUGGAUGGUUCCUUGCAAAGGGCACGUAUAGCAUUGGUAAAGAACGAUCGUCCAGUGGAGUUUUCUGAAUUUCCAGAUCCCAUGUGGGGUUCAGAUUAUGUGCAGUUGUCAAGGACACCACCUUCAUCUGAGCAGAAAUGCAGUGCUGUGUCGUGGGAGGAGCUGAAGGCCAUGGAUUUACCUUCAUUCGAACCUGCCUUCCUAGUUCUCUGCCGAGUCCUUCUGAAUGUCAUACAUGAGUGUCUGAAGUUAAGAUUGGAGCAGAGACCUGCUGGAGAACCAUCUCUCCUGAGUAUUAAGCAGUUGGUGAGAGAGUGUAAGGAGGUCCUGAAGGGCGGCCUGCUGAUGAAACAGUACUACCAGUUCAUGCUGCAGGAGGUUCUGGAGGACUUGGAGAAGCCCGACUGCAACAUUGACGCUUUUGAAGAGGAUCUACAUAAAAUGCUUAUGGUGUAUUUUGAUUACAUGAGAAGCUGGAUCCAAAUGCUACAGCAAUUACCUCAAGCAUCACAUAGUUUAAAAAAUCUGUUAGAAGAAGAAUGGAAUUUCACCAAAGAAAUAACUCAUUACAUACGGGGAGGAGAAGCACAGGCCGGGAAGCUUUUCUGUGACAUUGCAGGAAUGCUGCUGAAAUCUACAGGAAGUUUUUUAGAAUUUGGCUUACAGGAGAGCUGUGCUGAAUUUUGGACUAGUGCGGAUGACAGCAGUGCUUCCGACGAAAUCAGGAGGUCUGUUAUAGAGAUCAGUCGAGCCCUGAAGGAGCUCUUCCAUGAAGCCAGAGAAAGGGCUUCCAAAGCACUUGGAUUUGCUAAAAUGUUGAGAAAGGACCUGGAAAUAGCAGCAGAAUUCAGGCUUUCAGCCCCAGUUAGAGACCUCCUGGAUGUUCUGAAAUCAAAACAGUAUGUCAAGGUGCAAAUUCCUGGGUUAGAAAACUUGCAAAUGUUUGUUCCAGACACUCUUGCUGAGGAGAAGAGUAUUAUUUUGCAGUUACUCAAUGCAGCUGCAGGAAAGGACUGUUCGAAAGAUUCAGAUGACGUACUCAUCGAUGCCUAUCUGCUUCUGACCAAGCACGGUGAUCGAGCCCGUGAUUCAGAGGACAGCUGGGGCACCUGGGAGGCACAGCCUGUCAAAGUCGUGCCUCAGGUGGAGACUGUUGACACCCUGAGAAGCAUGCAGGUGGAUAAUCUUUUACUAGUUGUCAUGCAGUCUGCCCAUCUCACAAUUCAGAGAAAAGCUUUCCAGCAGUCCAUUGAGGGACUUAUGACUCUGUGCCAGGAGCAGACAUCCAGUCAGCCGGUCAUCGCCAAAGCUUUGCAGCAGCUGAAGAAUGAUGCAUUGGAGCUAUGCAACAGAAUAAGCAAUGCCAUUGACCGCGUGGACCACAUGUUCACAUCAGAAUUUGAUGCUGAGGUUGAUGAAUCUGAAUCUGUCACCUUGCAACAGUACUACCGAGAAGCAAUGAUUCAGGGGUACAAUUUUGGAUUUGAGUAUCAUAAAGAAGUUGUUCGUUUGAUGUCUGGGGAGUUUAGACAGAAGAUAGGAGACAAAUAUAUAAGCUUUGCCCGGAAGUGGAUGAAUUAUGUCCUGACUAAAUGUGAGAGUGGUAGAGGUACAAGACCCAGGUGGGCGACUCAAGGAUUUGAUUUUCUGCAAGCAAUUGAACCUGCCUUUAUUUCAGCUUUACCAGAAGAUGACUUCUUGAGUUUACAAGCCUUGAUGAAUGAAUGCAUUGGCCAUGUCAUAGGAAAACCACACAGUCCUGUUACAGGUUUGUACCUUGCCAUUCAUCGGAACAGCCCCCGUCCUAUGAAGGUACCUCGAUGCCAUAGUGACCCUCCUAACCCACACCUCAUUAUCCCCACUCCAGAGGGAUUCAGCACUCGGAGCAUGCCUUCCGACGCGCGGAGCCACGGCAGCCCUGCUGCUGCUGCUGCUGCUGCUGCUGUUGCUGCCAGUCGGCCCAGCCCCUCUGGUGGUGACUCUGUGCUGCCCAAAUCCAUCAGCAGUGCCCAUGAUACCAGGGGUUCCAGCGUUCCUGAAAAUGAUCGAUUGGCUUCCAUAGCUGCUGAAUUGCAGUUUAGGUCCCUGAGUCGUCACUCAAGCCCCACGGAGGAGCGAGACGAACCAGCAUAUCCAAGAGGAGAUUCAAGUGGGUCCACAAGAAGAAGUUGGGAACUUCGGACACUAAUCAGCCAGAGUAAAGAUACUGCUUCUAAACUAGGACCCAUAGAAGCUAUCCAGAAGUCAGUCCGAUUGUUUGAAGAAAAGAGGUACCGAGAAAUGAGGAGAAAGAAUAUCAUUGGUCAAGUUUGUGAUACGCCUAAGUCCUAUGAUAAUGUUAUGCAUGUUGGCUUGAGGAAGGUGACCUUCAAAUGGCAAAGAGGAAACAAAAUUGGAGAAGGCCAGUAUGGGAAGGUGUACACCUGCAUCAGCGUCGACACCGGGGAGCUGAUGGCCAUGAAGGAGAUUCGAUUUCAACCUAAUGACCAUAAGACUAUCAAGGAAACUGCAGACGAAUUGAAAAUAUUCGAAGGCAUCAAACACCCCAAUCUGGUUCGGUAUUUUGGUGUGGAGCUCCAUAGAGAAGAAAUGUACAUCUUCAUGGAGUACUGCGAUGAGGGGACUUUAGAAGAGGUGUCAAGGCUGGGACUUCAGGAACAUGUGAUUAGGCUGUAUUCAAAGCAGAUCACCAUUGCGAUCAACGUCCUCCAUGAGCAUGGCAUAGUCCACCGUGACAUUAAAGGUGCCAAUAUCUUCCUUACCUCAUCUGGAUUAAUCAAACUGGGAGAUUUUGGAUGUUCAGUAAAGCUCAAAAACAAUGCCCAGACCAUGCCUGGUGAAGUGAACAGCACCCUGGGGACAGCAGCAUACAUGGCACCUGAAGUCAUCACUCGUGCCAAAGGAGAGGGCCAUGGGCGUGCGGCCGACAUCUGGAGUCUGGGGUGUGUUGUCAUAGAGAUGGUGACUGGCAAGAGGCCUUGGCAUGAGUAUGAGCACAACUUUCAAAUUAUGUAUAAAGUGGGGAUGGGACAUAAGCCACCAAUCCCUGAAAGAUUAAGCCCUGAAGGAAAGGACUUCCUUUCUCACUGCCUUGAGAGUGACCCAAAGAUGAGAUGGACCGCCAGCCAGCUCCUCGACCAUUCGUUUGUCAAGGUUUGCACAGAUGAAGAAUGAAGCCUAGUAGAAUAUGGACUUGGAAAAUUCUCUUAAUCACUACUGUAUGUAAUAUUUACAUAAAGACUGUGCUGAGAAGCAGUAUAAGCCUUUUUAACCUUCCAAGACUGAAGACUGCACAGGUGACAAGCGUCACUUCUCCUGCUGCUCCUGUUUGUCUGAUGUGGCAAAAGGCCCUCUGGAGGGCUGGUGGCCACGAGGUUAAAGAAGCUGCAUGUUAAGUGCCAUUACUACUGUACACGGACCAUCGCCUCUGUCUCCUCCGUGUCUCGCGCGACUGAGAACCGUGACAUCAGCGUAGUGUUGUGACCUUUCUAGGUUCAAAAGAAGUUGUAGUGUUAUCAGGCGUCCCAUACCUUGUUUUUAAUCUCCUGUUUGUUGAGUGCACUGACUGUGAAACCUUUACCUUUUUUGUUGUUGUUGGCAAGCUGCAGGUUUGUAAUGCAAAAGGCUGAUUACUGAAAUUUAAGAAAAAGGUUCUUUUUUCAAUAAAUGGUUUAUUUUAGGAAA